AUGGCGAAACCGAUGAAAUACACCGCAGAAGGCAUUCCCAAGAACUGGGAUGGGAAGGACUGGCAGACGUACAAGUGGGCCAUGACGGCCGUCUUCGGGGAGAACGAGCUGCUCGAGAUCGUGGAGUGCAAGGGCGACCAUGACAAGGAGGCGGACUUCACUAAGAAGCAGAACAAGAUCAUGAGGAUGAUCGGUACGUCGGUACCGUCAGAGAUCCUGCAUCAAAUUUGGGACAAGGACACAGGUUCCGACAUGUGGGAUGCAUUGUGCGACUUGUUCGAGAACAAGAUCAACAAGACAGUAAAGGUGCACAAUAUACGUCGCUUGGUGGAUGAGCUCUGGAGUAUGAAGCUCACCCCCGGUGGUGAUGCAAACCUGCACCUGUGCAAAAUGUUCAACGUUCGAACGGAGCUGGCCAGCUUGCAGUACACCGUCGACGACAUCGACAUGGUGGAGAUGCUCUUGGAGAGCUUGCCAGAACAAGCCGAGUUUGAGACGUUGAAGGCGUCCAUUCGCUAUUGUGCAGACACAAGUUCGUGA